AUGCUGAAUCAUGAAGCACGAAAAUACAGUAAUAGCGGAAAUGAAACCAAUGAUGCAACAGAAGACAAUCAUCAACAAGCACAUAACCGAAAAUUAUCUCAAUUAACGGCUACUUCGUCAUCAUCGGGCUCUUCUUCAUCCUUGCCCAACAACAACAACCAUUUCUCAUCCAGUUCCAAAAUCAACCAAAACCACCAUCCCACAACCACCCUCACAUCAUCGUCGGGUUCCUCUUCCAAAAAGAAGCAUGGCCUUUCUGUUGUUGCUGCAGCAGCUCCUACGAGCCAAGGAGGCUCUUCAUCAGCAGCCUCUUCAUCCUUGAUGAAUGUCUAUUCUGUGAUGGACGAUGAAGAAGAAGAGGUUUAUUCACUUCAGGAUGCUGUCGGAAGACCUCAUGAUGACACAACAAUGAAUCAUCAUCGUGUCAAUCAUAGAGAAUUGUUGGAUUCUCCUCCUUUGAAUCAACAACAACCCAAUCAACACCACCGUAAAAGUAACUCCCAAGAACGAAACUAUAUUUCAUCAACUCCUUCUUCAAGAAAUGAUAAUAACAAUGAAAUUCACAUGGAUGAAUUUCACACUACGAAAUCUUCAAGCUUAACUAUUGGAGAGCGAGAAGAUGACAAAUCUCGUUCACAUCAUCAGCAUGGCAUUUCUCCACCUCUUCCUGUGACUCUACAAUCUUCUUAUUUUACCAAUACAGAUCACCAUACUUCUGCACAAUCAACAACAACACAAACCUCUCGCCGAUUGUCAACAAUUGGAUCCAAUGUCAAUGACAUUCCAACAGCAGGGCCUCCCACCUCCCCAACCAUGUUGCGAGUUUAUGAGCAGGAGGAUGAAAAAUUUAAUUAUCAUGCAAUUAAUGCCAUGAGACAGCUCUAUGUCGAGGGAGCCAAAGAAAAAAAAAGCUUUUUCAAAAGUGGGAUGGAAGAUGAAGAGCUGUCUGGUGGAAUUUUAAUGACAGCAAGUAGAUCUGGCCAGGAGUGUCACACUCACUCUGCUUGGAUUGAUCCAUCUGAAUAUGUACAUAAUUUUCACAAAUUGUCCAAAGACGAAAUUGGAAUUAUUGUUUCAUUUAUGCCCAUGCACGACAAUUUAAACUUUGGUUUAACAUCCAAGGAAUAUUAUUACUUGUCAAUACAAGACCGAUUUUGGAAAUGUUAUAUUAUGAAGCUUUCGACGAGAGAGCGAAAGGAAAUGCAAACUGUAUUUUACCAGUUAGAUAUUGACAAUAGUGAAUAUAAUUACAAUUUCAGCGAUGCAGAUAACAUUUAUACACCACUAAAUUCUUUCAAGAAGAAGGGCUCAAGGCAAAAUUCCAAGUCGAACGGGCCAAGACGGGGGUUCUUUGGCAUUUUCUGGAAGAGUAACAAUACCAGUAACAACAAUACUGCUAUUCGAGAUGAUGACAGUCUCAAUGAAGCUGGAGAUUCCCUAACGAUUGAAGAUGAUUUAGCUUUCAGUGAGGAAGAUUUACAUUCCAUUCAAAUUGGCUCCAUUAAUGAUAACGUGACCAAGAUGAUCCACAGUCGCCGUUCGUCGAGCUCAUCAAACAAAUCCUAUGCCAGUGGAGUUUUUUCAAAAAAGAGCGUGGAAAGCUAUGGAUCUACAUCACAAAAGCGCCUACCUCUCAAGCAUCAAUACAUACUCUACAAGCAACACUCAAAAACAGUGAGAAAAAAGGAGAGAGGAAAGAGAGCAGAGGAUCGAAUUGACGAAUUACUCAGUAAGAGAUGUCAACCUUGUCUUUAUUUCCAACUCUGUAUGCUUUCAUUUGUGACUUUAGUUUUCAUCACACUAAGCUUAGUUUUUGGAGGACUCUAUUUUGAUGGAUCUGUGGAGAAAGAACAAGCAGAUACACUGAUUGUGGUGAGUCCUGUGGGAUUCUCCUUUAUAUGGCUCCCCAUAUUUUUUGUGUUUAUCUUAUCUACCUAUUUAUUUCUUGGAUGGAUACCAUACGUAUCCAAUUGCUGCUUAGCUCUUUACCGAAAACACCAAAUUAAGGCCAGUGACGAAAGCAAAAGUUUAUUGCGCCCUAACGAAGAUACUGACUCUGAUGCGGAAACAAGUAUUGCUCUAGUCAUUUUACGACGAUUAUUUUUCUCACCAGAAAUGCAAAACAAUGUGAACGAGCCCAAUUACCAGUUACUAUUAUGUUUACCUUCUCAAUUUAUAUGGUUUUCAGUGUUGAUAUUUUGUGUUGCCUUACAUUUGGUAGCAUUUAAUGGACAAACUACAUGGCGAUUUUUCUUUAUACCUGUAUAUAUAUUUAUAUUUAUUGCUGCUAUGGAUUUUACUUAUCGCUUAUUACGUGUGUGGAAAUUGACAGUACCCAGCAAACGUACAUGGGGAAAAUUAUUAACCAUCAUUUAUCUAGCCAUUAAUAUGUGGAUGAUUUACUUGUCAGGAACAUCCUCACUCUUUUUAUCGAGCUUGAAAAUGGAUAAUUUACCUUUCAUGAAAAUGGUCGAGUGGAGUGUAGUCUUGUCACCCUCUUUUCUAUGUCUUUUACUGCUACAUACCAACAUUUGUCUCAUUCCCUUCUACACGACAAGGAUAUUUUACAAUGGAUUUCAGUCUCAAACAAGAACCAUUCUUGCCAUUCUUUCGCCCUUUCCUCUGACUGUGAUUGUGUUAAGUCCGUUCACUUGUUCUCUCAUUUUACUUGCGUUGAGAUUGGAUUCAUUUGUGACAUUUAGAUAUGUCUUGGUAUUGGCUCCUCUCUAUUGUGGAUUGUCCAUUUACAUGAUCAUUAUUGGGAUUUAUAGCAUUGUGAAAAUUUUCAAAUCUUUUUGUUGUAAAUAA